UCAUCUCACUACCUUGUCGACUGCCUGGUCCGAGAGUAUCAGCACCAGGAGUAGCUCCUCACUCUGCUGCUUCAAGGUACCUUUGGACAGGCACUGAGGGCGGAUCACACCCGCAAAGUAGCUAGGAAGGUUGUGCUGUCGUCUGGCACCAUGUUUUCCUAUGCUAUUAUGAACGAGAGUUGGAUGAUCCUGAGCUGGGUGAUGCUGCAGCCUGAGUGUGAUAGGUCCCUUUAUACCAUGUAUGAGGGUCUGUCACAACGCUACACUGCAGCAGGAGUGCAGAAGGCAAACUUCCAGUGGGUUGACAGGGACUGCUGUGCUGCCUUUAAGGUCCUGCAACCUGAGGCUCAGGAUCACAUCUCAUGGGACUGCCGGAGGACGUCAGAGGCCAUCGUGGCACAAGCAACCUCUGGAAACCUGGCAAACAACAGUGCCUCAAGACUCAAGUUUAACCAAGACAUCACCAUCAAGUUAGACUUGUUUCACUGCAUGCGCCGGUUUACCAGAGAGUAUGUGUCAGAACACCAUCCAUUUUAUAGUUCCUUCUCCCAGUUCCUCUCUGCAGCGUUCGUUGUGGUGGACCAGAGUGACCUCAGGAGGCUCCAGGAGGCAUACACGUUCUUCAGAAUCUCUCCUGCUGAUCCCACCAAGCAGCACAUCAGAGAGCACUGUAGAAUGACAGUGCCACAGCCCAGAGAACUGCUGCAGAGGGUAGAAGAUGUGUUACAUCAUUUCUACCUGGCAAAGGACAGCAAGGAUGUGCCCCUCUUCAAGGCCUCCAUGUUGAGGGUGUGGAGGAUCCAACGCAUCUACAUCCUGAGAGGCUGCCUGAGCGACCCAGAGGUGACGUAGGGAAUCCUAUACAGGUAUGGUGGCACCUUGCAGCUCAAUUACACCAAGGGCACAGGAGCUGCUGUACCUAUUUGGAUUCCCCUGAGAGGCACAUCUCAGCAGGAGGGCUUCCACCUUCACCAAAAAAAAGUGGGUGACAGGGAACCGGGUUUCCUGUGAGCUCUUCCAGGCCCAGGCCUUGACUGGAGUGGUGAGGUGGAACUUUCAGAGGCUGGUGGUCCUGACGCAGCCUGGUGUGGAGCUGCCAGCUGUGUUUGACCCCCUGUUGAUCACACAACUCAACACAGCCUCUGUCAGAGUGACAGGGAGGGCCAAAUAUGCAGCUCUACAGACAUUAAACAGGGACACAGGGGAGCGAUUUGGGCUGCAGUAUGUAGAACUGGGCUGCCGUCCGGUUGUUUUAGACUGGGACAUACACGGGACACAAGUCAACACUGAAGCUGCUGAAGUCAUGGAGAUGGAGUAUCACUUCUCUGAUGCUGCAGUGAGCACAGACUCCCAGGUAAUCCAGGUUAAUCACUCUGUAAAUUACUGACGGACUGACAGACAGAUUGAAGAAAUCACUAUACUUGAUUCUAUAUUUCAGGAGCCCAGUGAUGAUGGAGUUGGACCAGUGCCAGUCCUGUCUUCCCAACAGUAACAGGGAUUGUGCUGCUGCCCCUCACCAACUUCCAUUCUGUCACUGUUUCUGUCAGUGGUUCAGAGAGAUGCUGGAUUGUAUGGCUCUCAUAGAGGGGGUGGGUCUGAAUUGAUGUUAUGGACAGUUACAGUCAGGAAACUUUCAGCAGCCCUAGAAGUCACUGUGCCUGUUGUGACCUUGCCCCCUGCCACGUUCAACCCUCCACCUGUGGCUCCCCCCCAAGAGGAGUCACUGAGCCGAGCCACAGUGGAUAAGAUUGUCAAAGACAUUCUAGGGAAACAGCAACAACAGCAGGAGGAGCAGAAGGAGAAGACCAGGAACUGUGUAGCCUGCGGUCAGCCAAAGUCCUGAUAUCUCGGCGAUGGCUCUUCUGUUCAUUUUUUUUAAUAAUCAAAAACGGAAAAGUACUUCUACUGCUCCACGAAGGUGUUUAACACGUAUGCAGCUGAGGGCCUCAAAGACUCUCGGAUGUCUUUCCAGGACUUUGCUGCAUGUCCUUUCUUUGAGUGGGAGCUGGAGACGGCCAAACAGAGGUCGGCUGAGUGGUGGAAGGUGGCAGAGGAGAGGGCAAAGAGGAAGAGUGAGGUGCAGCUGCCAAAAGGUCGUCUGUGCAGUGCGGCCGGGAGUGCGGCCAGGAGUGGGGAUUUCAGCACCAUGGACAAGCAUCUCCUUUUAAAUGUGUUUGCUGCUAGCGAAAUUAUACAUAAUAAAUGAAGACAGUAACAUUUUUUCAAUAAAAAACAAUGAGUUGAACGUUCAUUUCAAGCUUUUGUACUACAACGAAUUUCAGAAUUGUGUGAUUGCGGCCGGAGAGCAGGCAGCAGCGCUUGAUGCAGGAAACUCAAUAUGGACUUAAAAAUCAGUUUCGGAGUGGGGGUGGUU